AUGACUUCUUUCUUUGCUGUCCGAUGGAAUGGAGACUUGAGCAGUUUGGAGAAGCCCACCAGUUUGAUGGACAUAUCUAAGAUCUUUUCUCCUCUUCAGCCCAGAGAGGAUGAGGAGGAGGACACAGGCUGCAGUCAGGCCGUGUUCAGAGACGAUGAGGGACUGCUGACUGAUCUGCUGUCUCAGGACAGGUACAGGAGGUGUGUUAACCUGCGCAGCGGCUGGGCUUCUCAGGGUCACCUGCGCUUUCUGGAGCUGCUCCUGGCUCACGGGGCCGAGGUCGACAGCCUGGACGCCAAAGCCCAGACGCCGCUGUUCACAGCCGUCACUGGCAGACACCUGGACUGUCUUUAUUAAGAGCUGGUUCAGCCCGUAUAACAACUGCUCCAACUGUUACUGCAGCAUGGAGCGAACCCAGACUACAACUGCACUGACGAAAAGAUGCUGAGAUGUGUCUCAGAUACGGCUGUGGGCCUGAAUACAUUCAGCUGCUCGUAGACUUCGGAGCAAGCGUCUAUCUGCCAGCGGUCACUGUAGAUAAAAGCUCCAGACAGAAACAAGCAGUGCUGCUUCUGCUCACAGAGAGAGCUGAGUCUCUAACACAUCUGUGAUGUUGGCCAGAGAGUCUUUCUUACACUCCAUCUGCACUUAAAUCUACUGACGUCAAUGUGUCUGUAAGCCCAGGUUUAGGUUU